AUGCACGUCGACGACCUGAGCUCCGACGACGAGGAGGCGGGGAACGCCACGGGCCGCGUGCCGCUGCACUGGUACGAGGGCUACGACCACGUGGGCUACGACCUGGGCGGCGGCAAGGUCGUCGCCGACGCGCCGAGCGACGCGCUCGCGCAGGCGCUCGAGGCCCAGGGCGGCGGCGCCCUCACGGUCUACGACAAGCUCAACGGGCGCAACGUCGUCGUGAGCGCCCGGGAGCUCGAGCAGAUCCGGCGCAUGAAGGGCGGCGCGUUCGCGAACCGCGAGUCGGAAAUGUACGGCGACGCGCUCGACGUCGUCGCGUCCGCGACGGAGGCCAUGCCCCUGAGCGCCGCGCCGGAGCCGAAGCGGCGCUUCCUCCCCUCGAAGUGGGAGGCCAUGCGCGUCGCGAAGCUCGUCCAGGGCCUGAGGGACGGCACGAUCGCCUUCCUCGCCUUCGCCGAGUCCAUGUGGGCGAACGACGACGACGACGAGGAGGAGGAGACGCGGCGCCGGGGGCCCAUGCACGUGCCCGCGCCGAAGCUCGCGCUGCCGAACCACGACGAGUCCUACCGGCCGCCCGAGGAGUAUCUGCUCGAGGACGACGAGCUCGAGGACCACGAGGGCCUCGUGCCCAAGCGCCACGACACGCUCCGGGCCGUGGGCGCCUACGAGCACGCGGUCAAGGAGCGCUUCGAGCGCUGCCUGGACCUCUACCUCUGCCCGCGCGCGAUGAAGCGGCGGCUGAACAUCGACCCGGAGAGUUUGGUGCCCAAGCUGCCGGACCCGAAGGACCUCAAGCCCUUCCCGAACGCGCUCUGCCGCGACUUCGUCGGCCACGACGCGCCCGUCGUCGCCCUGGCCUGCUCGCCCGACGGCCAGUGGCUCGCGGAGACCCGCGCGACGGCGGACGGCGCCGGGAGCUUGCGAUUGUGGGAGGUCUACACGGGCCGCUGCGUCUUCGCGAGCGGCGACCUCGCGCCGGGCCCCUUCGCGGCCCUCGCCUGGAACCCGCGGCCCGAGCACGGCGUGCUCCUGCUCUCCGCCAGCGACGGGGUGUACGUCGUCGACGCGAAGACGGCGCGCGGCGGCGACGCGGAGCUGACGGCGGCGCUCCUCGCGGGGCCCGACGGCGACGCGGAGCCGCGCGAGGGCGUCGCGGCCUGGGAGACCCUCGCGGGCGACCGGCCGGGAUUACGGGUGGGCCUGGAGAAGCAGGCGCGGACCGUGGCCUGGCACGCGAAGGGCGACUACUUCGUGACCGUGAGCCCCGAGGCCCUGGCGUCCCUCCAGUGCGUCGUCCACCGCACGUCCGCGCGCGACUCCCAGGCGCCGCUGAAGCGGGGCGACAAGGGCGGCGCGGUGCAGGCCGCGGCCUUCCACCCGUCGAAGCCCUUCCUCUUCGUCGCGACGCGGACGGCCGUGCGCGUCUACCACCUCACGCAGCAGACGUUGGUAAAGACGCUCCGGUGCGGCGCGAAGUGGAUCUCGUGCCUCCGCGUGCACCCGAGCGGCGACCACGUCGCCGUGGGGUCGCGCGACAAGCGGCUCUGCUGGUUCGACAUGGACCUGGGCGACUCGGCCUACAAGACGCUAAAGUACCACGACAAGGCGCUCCGCGCCGUCGACUUCCACGCGCGCUACCCGUUGAUGGCGACGUCCGCGGACGACGGCAAGGUCCACGUCUUCCACGCCAUGGUCUACGACGACCUCAUGCGCAACCCCCUCGUCGUGCCCGUGAAGAUCCUCGACGCGCACAAGGUGGCCGCGGGCCUCGGCGCGCUCGACGUCGCGUUCCACCCGACGCAGCCCUGGCUCUUCUCCGCGGGCGCCGACGGCGGCGUCAAGCUCUACCACGCGCUCUAA